AUGGCUACAAGAAUUGAGAUUCCAUCCUUUUUGAAAGAGAUGUCUUAUGAAUUAUAUAAGAAAGAACUGCUAGCGUGGAAUGAAAUCACGGAGCUAAAGAAAGAGAAAAGAGCGAUAGCAGUAGCCCUUUCAUUACCACAAGGCAGUGAGUCAAGGAUUAGAGAGAAGGUGUUUGAGCAAUUAGAGCUGUCGGAGCUCAAGUGUCAGGAAGGUUUCGAGAAUCUAUUGAAGUUUCUAGAUACGAACUUGGCUAAAGACGACCUGGCAGACAGUAUUGAUAAAUUUGAUGAUUUUGAAAACUUCAGGCAAAGGGAAAAUCAAUCCAUGCGUGAUUUUAUCUCAGAAUUUGAUACAAAGUAUAGGAGAUUAGAACAGAAACGAAUGAAGAUGUUACCUGAGAUUCUGGCCUUCAAGCUGCUCGGAAAGGCAAGAAUUACACAAACUGAGAAGAUGCUAGUUCUGACAUGUAUGAACUUUGCUCGUCGGGAGUCGCUGUAUGAAGAAGCAAAGGCAUCUCUUAGAAAGUUCAAAGGAGAAGUUAAUAAAGGGAAAGAGUUCGAUGCCUGUAUCAAACUUGAGCCGAGAAGUUUGGAAAGACGAGGUGAACAACAGUUGAACCACAGCAGACGUGAAAACUUCAAGAGCUUUGAAAGACGAGGUGAACAACAGUUGAACCACAGCAGACGUGAGAACUUCAAGAGCUUUGAAAGACGAGGUGAACAACAGUUGAACCACAGCAGACGUGAAAACUUCAAGAAACAUGAAUCGUUUAGAAGUUUGGAAAGACGAGGUGAACAACAGUUGAACCACAGCAGACGUGAAAACUUCAAGAGCUUUGAAAGACGAGGUGAACAACAGUUGAACCACAGCAGACGUGAGAACUUCAAGAAACAUGAACAGUUGAGCAGUUUGGGAAGACGAGGUGAACAACAGUCGAACCACAGCAGACGUGAGAACUUCAAGAAACAUGAAUCGUUUAGAAGUUUGGGAAGACGAGGUGAACAACAGUUGAACCACAGCAGACGUGAGAACUUCAAGAAACAUGAAUCGUUUAGAAGUUUGGAAAGACGAGGUGAACAACAGUUGAACCACAGCAGACGUGAAAACUUCAAGAAACAUGAACAGUUGAGCAGUUUGGGAAGACGAGGUGAACAACAGUUGAACCACAGCAGACGUGAGAACUUCAAGAAACAUGAAUCGUUUAGAAGUUUGGAAAGACGAGUUGAACCACAGCAGACUGAGAACUUCAAGAGCUUUGAAAGACGAGGUGAACAACAGUUGAACCACAGCAGACGUGAAAACUUCAAGAGCUUUGAAAGACGAGGUGAACAACAGUUGAACCACAGCAGACGUGAAAACUUCAAGAGCUUUGAAAGACGAGGUGAACAACAGUUGAACCACAGCAGACGUGAAAACUUCAAGAGCUUUGAAAGACGAGGUGAACAACAGUUGAACCACAGCAGACGUGAGAACUUCAAGAAACAUGAACAGUUGAGCAGUUUGGGAAGACGAGGUGAACAACAGUCGAACCACAGCAGACGUGAGAACUUCAAGAAACAUGAAUCGUUUAGAAGUUUGGGAAGACGAGGUGAACAACAGUUGAACCACAGCAGACGUGAGAACUUCAAGAAACAUGAAUCGUUUAGAAGUUUGGAAAGACGAGGUGAACAACAGUUGAACCACAGCAGAUGUGAAAACUUCAAGAAACAUGAAUCGUUUAGAAGUUUGGAAAGACGAGGUGAACAACAGUUGAACCACAGCAGACGUGAGAACUUCAAGAAACAUGAAUCGUUUAGAAGUUUGGAAAGACGAGGUGAACAACAGUUGAACCACAGCAGACGUGAAAACUUCAAGAGCUUUAAAAGACGAGGUGAACAACAGUUGAACCACAGCAGACGUGAAAACUUCAAGAAACAUGAACAGUUGAGCAGUUUGGGAAGACGAGGUGAACAACAGUUGAACCACAGCAGACGUGAAAACUUCAAGAGUUUUGAAAGACGAGAUAAAGAGCAGUUGAAAUCUACCAGCAAGCUGAAAGUGGAACAUCAUGGAUGUAGACUAUAUAAAGGUGAAAGUCACUUUAGAAGUGAAGGUCAAGUCAGAAACAUUGCUCGAGAUCAGUUCUCUCAACCAAGAAAGAAAGGUUUAAACCCAUUAGGUCGUGAUGGAAAUGUUUUGAGAUGCAUAUCUUGUGGGUCAUAUAGACAUCUUUUGUCUAAAUGUCCAGACAGCUGGGAGAAUCUGACAGAGACGCUCAAAGUUGUAGAGGACGAAAAGGGAACUUGUCCGUUGACUGGAGACCACAGAGAGAAAGAUUUCACAACGAGGCUAUGA